UCGCUUCUCCUGGGAAGGGAUGCGGGAUGGGCCCCAAAGGGCGGGAACACUCAUUCCAAGGCUAUUCAGUGAGAUGCACUGUCAGCUGUGGCACAGCCGUGCCCGAGGCAGCGCCGGCCCCCGGCCCGGCCCCGCGCGCAGUGCGCAGGCGCGGCGGCGGCGGCGGCAUGGGGGACACGCUGGAGGAGCCGUGGUGGGACACCGAGACCGGCGACAUUCCAGGUAAGAAUGGGUUCUGCAGUGAUUUUUUGGUUUUGAAGAAUUUCUGCUUGGAUCCUUCAGACGAUGAAGCUAUUGAAAAAGCAAGUGAAAACAGGACAGCAGCAUGUCAAGAUCCAGAUUCCAAACCUGCUGUGAAAAAGAAAAGAAAGCAGCCUACAGAGUGUUUUUUAAAUCAGCCUGAAGAAAAGCAAGAGAGCACUGUGAAGGCAAAGAAGAGGAAGAAGAAGAAGAUUUCUGAUGUUCUGCAAAAAUCUGCUCCAAAACCUGGGGUCCCUGCAGAUCUACAAAAUCUGCUUACUCAACAUUUUGGUGAAAACCGUUCUGUGAUUGAAAUAGAGGAAUUACAGCUGUCGGAUUCCUGUUUUUUGCCAGCCAAUGAUCUUACACACAGUUUUUCUUCAUACCUGAAGGAAAUCUGUCCUAAGUGGGCGAAGCUCCGGAGAAGCCACAAGGAGAAGAAGUCGGUGGUGAUACUGGUUCUCUGCAGCUCUGCCCUUCGCUCCUUGGAACUCAUCAAGUCAAUGACAGCUUUUAAAGGAGAUUGCAGAGUCCUUAAGUUGUUUGCAAAGCACAUAAAGAUAAAGGAACAAAUGAAUAUGUUGGAGAAAGGUGUGUUCCACAUUGGAGUUGGAACUCCUGGAAGAGUAAAGGCACUAGUAGAGCAAGAUGCCCUGUGCUUGAACUCCACGAAAUAUAUGAUUCUGGAUUGGAACUGGAGAGAUCAGAAACUGAGGAGAAUGGUGGACAUCCCUGAGAUAAAGAAAGAAACAAUUGAUCUACUGGAGAAGAGUAUUAUAAAGCUGUGCAGAGAUGGAUCUGUGAAGCUGGGACUCUUUUAAUGAAUUUACCAACAAGGAAGUAAUUUGCAGCUGCAUUUUACUAUUAUCCUGCCUACAACUGAAUUUUGACUUUUCAGAGGUCUUAAUACAGAAGGCACAUUGCAACUUUUUCUGAGAUUUCUUUUAAUAAAAACCCAGAAGUUUUGUUUGUA